AUGACGGGCUCACCACCCACGACGUCAAUUUGGCGCGGAACGAGCGACCAUAAUGUCACUGAAACGGCUCUGGACGCCGCCAAGUGCAAACUCUCAGCUGCAACAAUUGGCUACUUCCACGACCCGUUCCUGCGCUCGUUUGUGGCCAAACCCACGCGCCGCAUCCCUCUCAUCCAUCGCGGGUACUACUUGCGACACGUUGCUGUAGCGCGCUGCGUCGAGCUCUUCCUGUUGCAAUAUUCGACGCUGUCUCAAGUGAACAUUGUGUCGUUGGGUGCUGGAUUUGACACGCUGUUCUUUCGACUGCUGGCGACGCGACAGUUUGCUGGCAACGUUGCGUUCACGGAAGUGGACUGUGAUGCCAUUGCUGAUGCAAAGGCCGAGCGACUGAAUAACUCGGACGUACGCGCAGGUCUUUUUCCAACAGACGUUGCCCACUUGAGUGUCGCUGCGUCUUUGGCUGAGAAGACAGUGACAUGGCAAUGUCACGUGCCAUCUGCAUCGUACGCGAUCAUUGCUUGUGACCUCGGAGACAUCGACAAGCUCGGCGCGAUGCUGGAUGCUGCUGGCGUUGAUCGGAGCUUGCCGACGUUAAUCCUUGCUGAAUGUGUCGUGUCGUACUUGGCGCCAGAUAAAGGCACAGAGCUGCUUCAUUGGCUUGGUCAGGCUUUCUCGAGCGCCUCCAUUGCGCUAUACGACCCAAUUGGACUCCAUGCAAGUGACGUCAGCGAGCGCAUUGCGUCGGUAGACACGAAGCGUGACGGAGAGUCCAGUGCUUUUGGCUCGACGCUUCAGCGAUACUUUGCCGUAAAAGGCUGCACGUUGCGCGGCGUCCGGGGAUACCAGACCGCAGCUGACCACUGUCGACGUCUACUUGCUCGUGGUCACUGGGAGAAUUGCUGUAUGCUCGAUAUGAAUGGAGUGUUUGCAGCGUGCACGACUCCAGAGGAGAAGCGCAGGCUGGCACUGCUCGAGCCUUUCGACGAGUAUGCUGAUUGGAUGCUGUGCAACGCGCAUUACGCCAUCUAUCUUGCAGACAACUGCAACAAUCAAGAGAAGGAUAGUUGUGGGUGGAUCACUCGGUUCGUGCCUCGUACGCAACAGCACCGGUAUCUCCUGACGGGCAGCGUUGCGCCGCAGCCAAAGCAGGAGAUGGGAUCCGAGGUGGUGAUUAUCCGGUCAUUUCAGCACAGCGACUUGGCUGCGGUGCGCUCACUCUUCGAGAGCACACAUCUCGAUUUUGGCAAAGAGUCACGUGCUGUGCGUCAGUUUGUCGCGAAUCGUCUGUGUGGUCCCAGCGGAGACAUGUUUGACGUACACCGAGCAUUUCAACAGCCAAGCAACGCAGGCGCUCUGACGAGUGGGUUUUGGGUCGCUGAAGUAGACGCCAAAGUCGUUGGGUGUGUCGGUAUGAAGCCGCUGGCACUAUCGCCAGGCCAGCAGGCGAACGACGACGAAGGAAACUGCACUGCCGAACUUUGUCGGCUCAGUGUUGCUCCUACACUUCGACGACGUGGUGUGGCAUCAGCUCUAGUGCGCGCGGUCGAGGCUUUUGCUGUAUCUUGUGGCGCAUUCAACGAGAUUUGUCUCGAGACGAUCGGAGCAAUGGAAGGUGCCCAACAGCUCUAUCGGGUACUUGGAUACGUGGAGCAAGUGGACAAGGAGAAGCAGCAUAGCUCGUUUAAGCUCGUGCGUUUUCGAAAGGCGCUGUAA